GAUUGUGUACAAAUGGAGGAAAUUCAAGACCAUUGUUACCUCCCCAGGAGUGGUCGACCAACAAAGAUCACUCCAAGAGCAAGGCGUGUAAUAGUCGGCGAGGUCACAAAGGACCCUAGGGUAACUUCUGAGCAACUGAAGGCCUCGCUCACAUUGGCUACUGUUAAAGGUGCCCUUCCACCAAAAAUGUUUAAUACUGGCUCUUUUUGAAAUACCAUAGUUCACUCCGAGUUGCAUAUGCAUGCUGCAUGUGAAAAUGUAAUUCUACUCCCAUUCCCUGUAUUAGCUUAUGAAAGAAAAUAGUCGGAAAAACGAGCAAAUCUGAAAAAGCCCUACAAACUUACGUCACUUCGAAAAUUAGUAUUCAUGGCCUCACCCACCUUGGCUUGCGACCGCCCAUGGGAAGAAAGUUCGGAUUUAAGCGCGAGGAGAGAUAGCAGAGCCCAUCUCGUCAGUAGCUAACGAAGAGGACCUAACAGCAAGUUGAAAACAUGUCUGAACAAGUUCGUGCCUGUGCUAUUUGUGGCAGUAACACAUCAACGUUGCAUGUCUUGCCCAAGAUAGAAGAGGUGAAGAAGAAAUGGUUGGAAUUUAUCUUUGGAACACCACCAGCGAAGUAUAAUGCAACGUUAGUACUGUGUUCUGAUCAUUUCAACCACAGUGACUUUUCAAACUUCGGUGCCUUCAGUAGUGGUUUUGCUUUGAGGUUGUUUUUAAUACCCGGAUCUGUACCGCCAAGACGAUCGACCACCAGCUCACAAGCUACCAAUACCAGUGUUUCUAUCAAUCUGGCAACUCUGAGGAGCUUCAUCCCAGCUCAAAUUCUUGUGGACUGUGAGAGCAGAGCAGAGCAGCAUCACAGAGCUGACUGGACAGCCAGAGAGGCAGAGAGAGGAAGAAGAGGAGCUCAAUGUAUAGGUGAUAAAGUUGAGAAAGUUGUGACCAUGUGGAAGAAAGCAGCAGUGUUUUUGCUCCAACUUUCCUACAUCUCUCAUCAUGUGAGCUCCAUUCAGAGAGAUGAGCUUCUCCCCUAUGGGACACUGAAUGGGGAUUUGACUCUGCAGGAAGGAGACGAUGAAACCUCCAAAGUGAUUACACUGAGCAAACCCAUGCAUUUCUACGACACCGCCUUCUACAAGUUAUAUGUGGCCACCAAUGGCAUCAUCUCACCUCAUGACCUUCCUAUGGAGAAGCAGUAUGUUGAUGACGAGUUCCCCACUGAAUUCCCAGUGAUUGCGCCUUUCCUCGCUGACAUAGACACCAGCAACGGAAAAGGAGCCAUCUACUACAGACUAACUGAAUCCCCUAGUGUCCUGAAUCGAAUAGCUGCUGAGAUCCAAAAGGGAUUCCCAAACACUCGAUUUACACCAACUCACGCCAUCAUCGCCACGUGGGAAAACGUAGCUGCUUACAAAGAGGUCACACGCACCUCUGAGUCAGACAGACAGAGGAGAUGGAAGUGGGAAGCCAUAUGGAGGUGUUAUUCCUUGAACAAACAAGCUGGAGAAGUUCACAUCAAGCCGGUCGAGCGUUCUGUCUUCCAAUUACGGCACUGUGCCCUCCCUGUGGUAUCAUCCUGGGCAUGUCUCAGUCUUGCCACAAAGGAUGGACUGCAGUUCUUUGGAACGCGUCCUAAAGAGAUGUUCAAUGUGGAGAUUGAGCUGCCUGCACGGGUCGGCUUCACCAGGGGAGAAAUCUCGUAUUUUAUCUUCACACGCACUGAGGGACCUUACUUCAGUGUCACCAGCAAUGAGCAGUCUGUCAAGAACUUGUACCAGACAGGUAACACUGGUGUGCCUGGCGUUUGGCUCUUCCACAUUGGAAAUGCAUACACUUUUGACAACGUAAUUCCAGCAGCAGCUUCAGGCCAUUUACCCACCGCAGUCCCUAGGAAGCAAGCAGUUGUGUUCCAAACCACCCCUGAGUACCCUGCAGGAGAGUACGAGAUAGACAAGUCUUUCGAUGAAGAGCCAGAAUACAACAUUGAUCCAGACUUCCAGGAUCCAGAUGUCACAGAAUUCCCUCAGCUAGGCCACGAUGCCUCUCUGUUGAAUGGUCUGAACCAGGAAGUUGACUCAAAUCUCUCCCCAGAUGACCCCUAUGAAGAGGAUGUCACUGACUCUCAGACUGACUCUCAGACUGACCACAUUGCUCCUACAAAUGGUCCUCCAGAGGAAAUCGUUGAGUCUAUGCAUCCGGUUCCAGUGCACACUCUUCUGGAAGCAUAUCCCGUCCGCCCUGAGGGUCAAGUGGUGAACAUCGAAGAAGAUGUCCACUUUGACUCUGGAGUGAUUCAUUAUUCCACUGAAAACAAGGAGACGUGUGAUCGUUUUCAGCACACCUGCAGCCAGAACGCUUACUGCACCGAAUACAAAUCAGGCUACUGUUGCCACUGCAAUGCUGGUUUCUAUGGAAAUGGACGCCAAUGCCUUCCUGAUGGUGCUCCUCAACGUGUCAAUGGAAAGGUCAAUGGGAUGGUUUCUGUGGGUGCGACACCAGUAGGACUGGACAGCAUCGACCUCCAUGCUUACAUCGUAGUAGGCGAUGGUCGAGCAUACACGGCCAUCAGCGAAGUCCCAGAGCCUUUGGGUUGGGCAUUAAUGCCUGUCACACCCAUCGGUGGCCUUUUCGGGUGGCUCUUUGCCCUCAAGCUUCCCAACAGCCAUAAUGGCUUCAACAUCACUGGUGCUGAAUUUAUUCACCGUGCUGAUGUGACCUUUUACCCCGGCAACCAGCGACUCAUCAUCGUUCAGACUGCCAGGGGGUUGGACAGCCAGAACUACCUGAACGUGGAAACUCAUCUGGAGGGCAGUGUGCCAUUUGUGCCUCCUGGUGCCAGCAUUCAGAUGGAGCCUUUUUUAGAGACCUAUCAGUAUUACCCAUCAUUGAUCACAUCCAACUCGGUAAGGGAGUUUACAAUCGUGUCCACGCAGAGUGGAGCGGAAAAAUUCACCUACCAGCUGAGACAGAACAUCACGUACAGGGACUGCAGACACACACCACAUGCUGAAGCUGAGACACUGCAGCUCAACGUUGAGCGCAUCUUUGCCAUGUACAUCAGAGAAGAGCACGUUCUCAGAUACGCCAUCACUAACAAGAUCGGCCAUGUCGGAGAUCAUGUCCCAAGUCCUGUGCAGGUGAACCCCUGCUACAUAGGAAGUCAUGAUUGUGACACCACAGCACAAUGUGUACCAGGAGAAGGACAGCAGUUUACCUGUGUGUGUGCUACUGGAUACACUGGAGACGGACGCAACUGCUAUGACGUGGACGAGUGUACUGAAGGUCUGAGCUCCUGUGGGACUUAUGCCAAGUGUGUGAAUUUGCCUGGAAGUCACAGUUGCCAGUGCCAAAGCGGUUUUGAGUAUGGACAUGACAGUCGCACCUGUAUAGAUGUUGAUGAGUGCCGAAGACAUCCGUGCCAUCCUCAUGCUUCCUGCACCAACACUGUGGGCUCCUUCCAGUGCCGAUGCCAGCCUGGAUUCCAUGGCGAUGGCUACCAAUGUCACCGUCAACACAUUGAUGAAGGUCGUCCCAAAACUCCAUGUGAGCAUCACAGAGACAGUGCACAGAGUGGAGUGGACGGUUUACCUGUGGUGGGAGCAUUCAUCCCUCAGUGUGACGAGGCAGGCCAUUACAGGCCUCAACAGUGCCAUGGUUCUACAGGACACUGCUGGUGUGUGGACAAUAGGGGGCAGGAGAGAGCAGGAACCCGCACCCCACCUGGUACUCCACCUACCAACUGUGACACACCAGAACGUCCGAAAACUCAUUGUGAGCAUCAGAGAGACAGGAUGCAGGAUGGAGUAGCCGUGAGAGCAUUCAUCCCUGAGUGUGAUGAGGAGGGUCGCUACAGGUCUCUACAGUGUCAUGGCUCUACAGGACACUGCUGGUGUGUGGACAGUAGGGGGCAGGAGAGAGCAGGAACCCGUACUCCACCUGGAACCCCACCUACCAACUGCGACAUUCCAGAGCGUCCUAAGACUCAUUGUGAGCAGCAUAGACACAGUGCACAGCAGGGAGCAGAUGGUGUGCCUGUGGUGGGAGCCUUCAUCCCUGAGUGUGACGAGGAGGGUCACUACAGGGCGCUACAGUGCCAUGGCUCUACAGGACACUGCUGGUGUGUGGACAGUAGGGGACAGGAGAGAGCAGGGACCCGCACCCCACCUGGGACCCCACCUACCAACUGUGAUGCUCCAGAACGCCCGAAGACUCAGUGUGAGCAGCACAGAGACAAUGCCCAGGGCAGACCUGGUGGUUUACAGCUGGUGGGAGUGUUCAUCCCUGAGUGUGAUGAGGAAGGUCGCUACAGGUCUCUACAGUGCCAUAGCUCUACAGGAUACUGCUGGUGUGUGGACAGUAGGGGACAGGAAAGAGUGGGCACCCAUACUCCACCUGGUACCCCACCUACCAACUGUGAUGCUCCAGUUCAUCCUGAACGGCUGAAGACACAAUGUGAACAGCACCGAGACACUGUUCAGGCUGGAGUGGAUGGUUUGCCGGUAGUAGGAGCAUUUGUCCCUGAGUGUGAUGAGGAGGGUCGCUACAGGUCUCAACAGUGUCAUGGCUCUACAGGACACUGCUGGUGUGUGGACAGUAAAGGGCAGGAGAGAGCAGGAACCCGUACACCACCGGGUACCCCACCUACCAACUGUGAUGCUCCAGUUCAUAUAGAGCAUCCCAAGACUCCAUGUGAACAGCACAGAGACAAAGCACAGAGCCGUGGAGAUGAUGUGCCUGUGGUGGGAGUGUUCAUCCCUGAGUGUGAUGAGGAGGGUCGCUACAGGGCUCUACAGUGUCAUGGAGCUACAGGACAUUGCUGGUGUGUGGACAGUAGGGGGCAGGUGAGAGCAGGGACCCGCACCCCACCUGGGACCCCACCUAGAAACUGUGACAUUCCAGUUGUGGCAGUCCCUACGCAGCAUUCGGAGACGGUGUGUGAGCGCUGGCGGGCCAGUCUGAUGGAGCACUAUGGAGGUCGUCCAGGUCCAGAGCAUUUUCUUCCCCAGUGUGACGCAUCAGGUGAAUUCACGCCAGUGCAGUGUUAUGGCAAGACCAGUUACUGCUGGUGUGUAGACAAAAAUGGCCAAGAAGUUGCUGGGACUCGCUCAUUCGACAAAGUCAAACCUGCCUGUAUGCCAACUGUGGCCCCGCCCACCAUGCGUCCAUUGCCCCGUCCAGAUGUGACCCCUCCCCCAUCAGGCACUACUUUGCUCUACGCUCAAGGCCAACAGAUUGGAGCGCUUCCUCUCAAUGGCACGCGCAUGGACAAGGAGAGAUCCUCUGUGCUUCUCACCCUGCAUGGCUCCAUAGUGGUUGGUAUUGACUACGACUGCAGAGAACGGAAGGUUUAUUGGACUGAUCUUGCUGGAAGAACAAUCAGCAGAGCUGCUCUGGAGACUGGAUCAGAGCCUGAGAUCCUCAUUAACACCGGCCUCAUGAGCCCAGAGGGUUUAGCUGUGGAUGUGGCACGCAGGAGGAUGUUCUGGGUGGAUAGCACGCCAGAUAAAAUUGAGACGGCCAAACUGGAUGGAAGUGACCGGCGUGUUCUGUUCAACACAGAUUUGGUUAAUCCGAGAGCCAUCAUAGUGGACUCUCGCUCAGGAACUCUGUACUGGACCGACUGGAACCGGGAAGCCCCGAAAAUUGAGAGCUCCACAGUGGAAGGACACAACAGGAGGAUGCUAGUGCAAGAUGGCAUUGGGCUCCCUAACGCUUUGGCAUUUGACCCCACAACACGUCAUAUCUGCUGGGCUGACGCUGGGACAAAGCGUUUGGAGUGUAUUGCGCCUGAUGGGACGGGUCGCCGCGUGAUUCACGGCAACCUGAACUAUCCGUUCAGCAUGGUGUUCUACGCCAACCACUUCUACUACACAGACUGGAGGAGGGAUGGAGUCAUUGGUUUAAGUCGAGACUUGAGCCAUUUUACAGAUGAGUAUCUGCCUGAUCAGCGUUCACAUCUGUACGGCAUCACUGUCGCCUCCUCUAGCUGUUUAUAGGGGAGGACGUAAUAACAGAGCUACUGUUACAUGGUGCUAUUGUUCGGGAAUUUUUAUUUUUUUUAAUGAACACUUCUCUCAGCUGUUGCCAAAGCCACUGUGUCUUUAUAACAUCCCCCAGGAAAAAAAAGGUGACUCUUCUCUCUGUUUAGUUUUGUACAUUUGUUUUAUACCUCAUUUCUGUCUACUGUAUUUUGUUUUAAUAAAAUAAAGCCAAAGAGGCCCCAAUUAUAGUCAUUUUUGUACAAAAAUGUUCAUGUGUAUGGCUACAUUUAUGCACGUGUACAGUAUUGGAGCCCUCAGUGCACUAAUAAGAAUCUGACGCAUGGAACUGCAUUGAACAUAGCCGAUGAUUUUCUUUUACUCCAGUUCCUUUUUGUAACCUUUUUUUAACCUUUUGUAAGAGAUGUGAUAUUUAUAACAAUAAAAUGUGAUUCACAAAUU